UUCAUCACGUAUGAUUGUUUAAUUAGUUUCAAAGCAACACCUCCAAUUUCGGUCCUUAAAUUCUCCAAUUUCCCCCAUUUCUCAACAACAGAGAAAAAAUGGAACAACCUGCCAAGGAUUACGUGGACCCACCGCCGGCUCCAUUGUUCAACUACGGAGAAUUCAAGCGGUGGUCCUUCUAUAGAGCUCUUGUUGCUGAGUUCGUGGCUACCCUACUCUUUCUUUAUGUCACCGUUGCUACCGUCAUUGGUCACCUGAAGCAAACCGAUGCUUGCGGCCGCGUUGGCCUCUUGGGGAUAGCUUGGGUCUUUGGUGGCAUGAUUUUCAUUCUCGUCUACUGCACCGCUGGUAUCUCAGGGGGUCACAUUAAUCCGGCUGUAACGUUGGGGCUGCUGGUGGCGACUGGCGAGAAAGUGAAGGCAAUCAUGAAGCAUGAGUACAAUAGACUCGGUGGCGGUGCCAACUCCGUCGCAGUUGGCUACUCUAAGGGGACCGCUUUGGGUGCUGAGAUCAUCGGUACUUUUGUUCUUGUGUACACCGUUUUCUCUGCCACCGACCCCAAAAGAAGUGCACGUGACUCCCACGUUCCGGUAUUGGCUCCUUUGCCAAUUGGGUUUGCGGUUUUCGUAGUGAAUCUAGCCACCAUACCCAUCACCGGUACCGGCAUAAACCCUGCUAGGAGCUUUGGUGCUGCCGUGAUCUACAACCAUGAGAAAAUCUGUGAUGAUCAGUGGAUAUUUUGGGUUGGACCCUUCAUCGGAGCUGUUAUUGCAGCGAUAUAUCACCAAUAUAUACUCAGAGCUUCCGCCAAAGCCUUGGGAUCCUUUCGCAGCAACCCUGUAAUCUAAAGGGCUGCCCUUAUUAGCUUCUUCGAAGCAAAAUGAACCAUGUAGUUUGCUAAGUCUGCAUUCCACGUUUCUACUACUUGCAUUUGUCUUGUGCUGUAUUACUUUCUAACUUUGGGGACGUCGUCUUCUUGCCUCAGAGCUCUACCAGCACGUAAUUUUCCAUUUUAUU